AUGGACGUUCUAAUAAAAAUUGCAGUUGAUAGAAAGAGAAAGAGAAAGAGAAAGAGAGAGUUAAGAGAGUGGUACGAGUAUGAAGGAGUAAAAUUGAAGUCUCCUCAACUUCCUUCUUUUAAGAAACAGCAACGGACUCAGCUUGUCUUUAAACAAUGCCUUCUUCUUCUUCUUCUUCUCCCCCUUGCGUGUACUGAAAUCCCUCUCGCCUCCUCCUCUGUACCAAUGGAUCUCGAGAACCCUUUCACAUUCACCCAUCUCCACGACCUCCACUCCCUCUUCCUCAUCGAAUCCGAUCACAUGCUCUCCCACUCUUAUCUCCACACCCUUCUAACUUCCCACUCCCAUUUCGCCCUCCGCCGAGACGCCAUUUCUUUAAUCUCCCAGUGCUGCUCUACCUGUAGCAUCGAUCCCCACGUCUCCUACCUUGCCGUCAAUUAUCUCGAUCGCUUCUUCUCCUCUCAGGGAGUCCCCGCGCAACCUAAGCCAUGGGUGUUGAGGCUUCUUGCGGUCUCUUGUGUUUCCCUGGCGGCGAAAAUGAAGCAGACGGAACAAACCCAUUUCGAUUUUCAGGGGAACGAGGGCUUCAUUUUUGAUCCCCAAACAGUGCACAGAAUGGAAGUUCUCAUCUUGGGAGCUCUGAAAUGGAGAAUGCGCUCAAUCACCCCCUUUUCUUUUGUCCCCUUCUUCCUCUCCCUCUUCAAACUCAGAGACCCUCCAUUACUGCAAGCUCUCAAAGCCAGAGCUACAGAAAUCAUCUUCAUAGCUCAAAAUGGGAUUAAGCUUUUGGAGUUCAAGCCAUCAGUAAUUGCUGCAUCUGCUCUCCUCUCUGCUUCACACGAGCUCUUCCCCAUUCAAUAUCCUUGCUUCAGAAAAGCAAUUCUCAACUGUUCCUAUGUACAUAAAGAGGAGGAGGAGGAGGAGGAAAUGUUGGUAAGAUGCUUCAAGGGAGUACAGGAGAUGGUAAUAAAUGGGUACGAGAGGGGAUUUGAUGUGGCACAGAGCUCAGACACGGCGGCCAAUGUUCUGGAGCACCAUUUCUCAAGCUCUGAAAGUGAAAACAACACCUUCAUCACUGCCAAUUCCAGAUUAGACAAGGAUGGCAAGAAGAGAAAUGGUAUUGGGCACUGCAAGAAUCCGACGGUCCAGAUUUCUCAGAUCCAACAAUGCGAUCUCUCUUUCUCUCUCUCCCCCCCUGGCUGGUGAGGAAGAUGGAAAGUGACUGUUGACUGACUGGCUGGGGAGGCGCUCGCCGGAGUGAAAAUGAUGCGGGAAAAAGGGAAAAAAGGGGUUAUGUUAUUGUUAUGGUAGAUGUAGAUGAGUAGAUGAAGUUGAUAUGUGAUGGAGAAUGGGUGUGGGGAGAUUUUGUAGGCUAAAAAGAGGAGAAAGGUGGGAAUUUUUGUUCCUUUUUGUUGUUAUUUGGGACCAAAGACAAAACAUAACUUUGAAGUGUCCUUAUGGGGAGUUGGAUUUGGGUUUGGGUUUUCUGUUUUCGGGUUUUAGUGUUCUUCUGUCUCUUAGUUUCUGGCAGAAGAAUAACUAUACUUAAUAACUAUUCAAUAAUUUCAUUCCAACCUUUUUUACCCCUCA